GACAAGUGUUGCCCUCUCGUACAUUCUUUGUAAAAAUUGUCAAAUUUUCGGUCCCAUGUUUUCAUGACUUUCCACUGGUUUUUACGGUGGCCUGGAAUGGACAUCGAAUUUUUUUUUUUUCUCCGCGACUUAUUUUUUUCAUUCGCGAUUUCGUGUUUUCAUCCGUGACUUUUUUUUUAUCCGCCUCUUCUUUUCUCGCCGCGUGUGUUGCGACUGCGCGGGCUCACGUACACUGUAACAGAGCAGGCAGCAUAUCACCCAGCAAUACGUGGCGUAAAAACGAUUUUAAUGAAUAACUGGUUUGGAAUUGCAAAACCAGCCGUUACUGAAAAUCAUCAACAUACAAAACCUCCCAUUAUAUCAUACAAGAGAGGCAAAUCUCUUAAAGACACGCUCGUUGGAGCGAAAAUUUAAUUGAAGGCUAAAGAGGGGAGUCCGUGUCUCUUCCAGGCCACCGUAGGUUUUGCAUGGGACUUCGAAUAUUCCUAAGUUCGGUAUGAUAAAUUGAGCGGAGAGGCUUAUUUUUUGUUUGAAUGAGAAAAUCGGAAAAGCGUGACAUGGUCUGGGUGGAUUGCGCGAUGAGUUUAGACUAGUCCCCAGUUUCUUUUGGCUGCCGCCACCUUGGAUUUGAGGUCGCUCAGUUCAACAGUACAAAUAUGUGGCAUCCUUGGUUUACCUUUAUUUCUUUGUUUCUCGCAAUCAGCGUAACAUCUGCAAAGCCAAAUGUUCUGAUCUUUCUUGUGGACGACCUUGGAAUCGCAGAUCUGGGCUGCUUCGGUAAUGACACGAUCAAAACACCGAAUAUUGAUCGGCUGGCUCAAGAAGGAGCUCGAUUGCGACACGACGUCACGCCGGACUCUAUCUGCACACCAAACAGGGCCGCAUUUCUUACGGGAAGGUAUCCUAUCCGAUCAGGACUCGCUUCAGACAAAGGACAAAUCAGGGUGUUCAUUUUUACCGCAGGAUCUGGCGGUCUGCCCCAAAAUGAAACCACAUUUGCCGAGGUUGCAUCUGCUGCUGGCUACAAAACAGGUAUGAUUGGCAAGUGGCAUCUUGGGCUGCAUUCUUCAACCAACUCUGAUUUCUUUUUCCACCCUCUGAAGCAAGGUUUUCAAUAUUUUUAUGGUCUGCCACUUACAAACUUGAGAGAUUGUGAGCCUGGCAAAUAUGUUAUAGAACUUAUCCUUCCAGGCUUGCGACCAACAAAUAUCCUAAUUGCAGCAAUAAUCAUUGCACUUACACUGCAUAUUUGCUACCUGAACAGUUUAUUAAGCAAGACUGCAUUCAUUGUCCUCCUGACAAUAACUGUACAAGUCUGUGUUCUGUUAUCGGCCAUCCUAACAAUGUAUGCAUCAUUUAACUGCUUCGUAAUGAAAAACUAUGAAGUUGUGGAGCAACCGAUUGUAUUGGAGAACUUAACCAUGAGAUUUACAGAUGAAGCAAUCAACUUUAUUCGCACAAACAAAGACAGUCCCUUCUUGCUUUUCAUGUCAUUUGCAAAAGUGCACACUGCUUUGUUUAGCACAAGGCCAUUUGCUAAUCAUAGCAUUCAUGGUCGCUAUGGUGACAAUGUUGAAGAAAUGGAUUGGAGUGUUGGUCAGAUCAUGGCUGCUGUUGAAGAACAGGGUUUGAAGGAAAACACAUUUGUUUACUUCACAUCUGAUAAUGGCCCUCAUUUAGAAGAAAUUGACUCUUCUUCUGGUGAAUAUCAUGGUGGCUGGAAGGGCAUUUACAAAGGAGGCAAAGGACAGUGCUGGGAUGGUGGUGUUAGAAUGCCUACAAUAGUAUCAUGGCCAGGUCACAUCGCAGCUGGGAUCUCACUCGACGAGCUAACCAGUAGCAUGGACGUAUUACCCACAGUAGCUAAACUAACUGGUGCAGACCUUCCAGAGGACAGAGUCAUCGAUGGAAAAGAUCUCUUACCACUGCUGACUGACAAGACGCAAGAGUCUUCUCAUGAAUUUCUUUUCCAUUAUUGUGGAAAUCAGGUCCAUGCUGUCCGUUAUCGGCCAAAGAACACUGACACUGUCUGGAAGGCGCAUUUUAUGACACCAAAAUGGACUGAAGGAACUGAAAGCUGUAUCGGAAGAGGCAUCUGUAAGUGUCAUGGAGAUCAGGUUAACGUGCAUGACCCACCUCUUCUUUAUGACAUGACAGAUGACCCAGCUGAAAGCUCUCCUAUUCCUGCUCACAUGCCAGAGUACAGUGAAGUGAUGAAAGAUAUUUACCCAGCGCUCGCAGCUCACAAGGAAGGGAUUGAGAGUGUCCCCUACCAGCUACAGGUAGCAAAAAACUUCUUUUACCCCAGGUUACAGAUGUGUUGUAAUUUCCCUUUCUGUAGCUGCAAGGAAACUGAUAGAGAAAUUGAGCAUUAUCCUGAAAACGUUUGAAAAUCGAGCACAUGAUGGAAAUCCAAACGAACAUUGUUCAUAGUCAAUUCAAACUUUUGAUACUUACUAAAUACACAUUUUGUUAACUUUCAACACAACGCCCAUUGUAUAGGAUGAUCGCUAGCUUAAAACAAUACUACACAAUAACUCUACAAAUUUGUCAGCCUGGCAAUCGUCAAUCUACUAACUGGUUACAGGGAGCCUACUACAUGGGAACACAUAUUUUUGUUGAAAACUGGAUAAAUAGAUUAAUAAAACUUUCGCUGGACGAUACUUACAAUAACUGUUUUAAUCUAAGAGUAGUCGAAAGAUUUUAUAAUUGCCACCGCAAGGUUUUGGCCCAAAGGCCAGAACCCGAAGAGGCGUUUAUAGUAUACUCCCCGCGUAAAAAAAUUAACAUUAACAUCUAUUCUUAUGAAAAAUCGUUUCCCAUGUAACAUUAUACAAAGGGUGGUUAAUCAAUACCUUUAUAAGGUUCACAACACCUCAGCUGAUGCAUUCCGGCAGGACCAUUCCGAGGGAACGACCAAACGGUUUUUCAAAUUACCUUCUAUUGGCCCCUUUUCCCUUUUAGCGCAACGUAAAAUCAAAACCAUCGCUAAGAAAUAUUGUAAGUAUUUAGACAUUAGGUUAGCCUUCUCUUCCUAUAAGUUAAGUAACAUGUUCAGUGUGAGGGACUCGAUCCCCAGUGCACUCCGUUGCCAGGUGGUUUACAAAUUUACAUGUGCAGGAUGUUACACCCGUUAUGUCGGUGAAACCAUUUUGGCACCAGGGUUCGUGAGCACUUGCUCUCGGAUCGCAAUUCCCAUAUCUAUAAGCAUCUUCAGGGUUCUGAGUCGUGUAAGAAUCUAGGCUCUUUUAAUUUUUUUUCCAUCUUAGACUCGGCUCUUACUAAUUUCUAACUUAAGAUCAAGAAGCCCUUCAUAUUGAAUGGGAGGGACCCGCGUUGAAUAAACAACUCAAGCAUGUUAAUUUAACACUCCUACUUUAAUUACUAUUUGUAUUCAGUAUUUUUCACAGAUUUGUACUCGCACCUUUUUUGUAUCCCUCAAGUAUUAUGUAACUUUUUUACUGAUUUGUACUAUUAUUCUACAUUUUGUAAUUUACACCUACUUGUUACCUACUUUAUAUAAAGUUACUCACUUGUAAACAUCCUUUAACUGAAGAUGGAUACUGAGUAUACAUGUCUUACAAAUUUAAA